UCCGCGAGGGGCUGUCGGGGAAAGAUGGCCGCGGCGAGAGAAAAUGUCAGCUUAUUAUUCAAGUUAUACUGUUUGACAGUGAUGACCCUGGUGGCUGCAACUUAUACCAUAGCUUUAAGAUACACAAGGACAUCAGACAAAGAACUCUACUUUUCAACCACAGCCGUGUGCAUCACAGAAGUUAUAAAGUUAUUGCUAAGUGUGGGAAUUUUAGCUAAAGAAACUGGUAGUCUGGGUAGAUUCAAGUCAUCUUUAAGAGAAAAUGUCUUGGGGAGUCCCAGAGAACUGAUGAAGUUAAGUGUGCCAUCAUUAGUGUAUGCUGUUCAGAACAACAUGGCUUUCCUGGCUCUCAGCAAUCUGGAUGCAGCAGUGUACCAGGUGACCUACCAAUUAAAGAUUCCCUGUACUGCAUUAUGUACUGUUUUAAUGUUAAACCGGACACUCAGCAGAUUACAGUGGAUUUCAGUUUUUAUGCUAUGUGGUGGAGUCACACUUGUACAGUGGAAACCAGCCCAAGCUACAAAAGUCAUGGUGGAACAGAAUCCACUGUUAGGGUUUGGCGCUAUAGCUAUCGCUGUAUUGUGCUCAGGAUUUGCAGGAGUGUACUUUGAAAAAGUUUUAAAGAGUUCAGACACUUCCCUUUGGGUGAGAAACAUUCAAAUGUAUCUAUCAGGGAUUGUUGUGACAUUAGUUGGCGUCUACUUGUCAGAUGGAGCUGAAAUAAAAGAAAAAGGAUUUUUCUAUGGUUACACAUAUUAUGUCUGGUUUGUCAUCUUUCUUGCAAGUGUUGGAGGCCUCUACACUUCUGUUGUGGUCAAGUAUACAGACAACAUCAUGAAAGGUUUUUCUGCAGCAGCAGCCAUUGUCCUUUCUACCAUUGCUUCAGUGCUACUGUUUGGAUUACAGAUAACACUCACGUUUGCUUUGGGUACUCUUCUUGUAUGUGUUUCUAUAUAUUUCUAUGGAUUACCCAGACAAGACACUACAUCCAUCCAGCAAGGAGAAACAGCUUCAAAAGACAGAGUCAGUGGUGUGUGAUUUCAGCCUCAAAAGAGAUUCCUACUAAGAUUAAACUAGAGCCUUAAGUCAAUCCCAGAAGGUAGCUUAAACAAGAAUAAAAAAUUAACUCUGUGGCAUAAGAAUUAAGAAGAAAGCUAUCUUGAGUGAACUGCUACAAAGAUUUAAUGUGACCUGUUUGGGGUCAACCCAUUAUGUUUUAGAAUGAAGGAGAUUUUUUACUGUAUAUAUAAUGUAUAUAAAAAGUAUGGAGAUGAUAUGAUAUGAUAUUAAAAAAAUCAUGGGAGGCUAUAAUAUUCAAGGAACAAGGUUUGGGACAAUGUUAAAGGUUAAAGUGCCAAAGCCAUUUCUGUACUAACUGUUCUCUUGUUCAGGUACCAGGGGAGAAGGACGACCCCUGCUUGUUCCCCAAUUCAUGUACAGUAUUUUGUCCCAACAGCAGUAAAAACCUAGCUUUUUAAUUACAAGAGAGGCAAAAACAAGACAGGUUAGUCAGAAACAAAUUGAAUGUGCAAUUUCUCAAACUGAGUAUUUCAUAACUCAGAGAGUGAUUUCUGGGUGGUGACUGAGUACUCAUUUAAGUGUUCAUUGUGCCAUUCAUGGUCUGGAUUCAUAUUUCUUUGCUUAGAUGAUAUACUUUUCUAAUGUCACUUUUGUACUUUUUUAAUAAAGUAUGUUUAGCUCUGUGGGGUUCUCAAUAAUUUAUGAAAUUCUGUGUUUUAAAAGAAAUUUUCUAUAAUGUAAAUCGGGAAAUUCAGCAAUAAACUUUAUAUG